AUGGGUGGUGGCGAUGCCAACGAUGGAGGCGAUUCAAAUGAAAAUGCCGGCAGCAAAGGAGGAGGAGAAGUCAUGGUGAACAUUCGAUGCUCCAACGGCUCGAAAUUCUCGGUGCACGUGAAUUUGGACUCCACAGUCGAGUCCUUCAAGUCAAUUCUCGCUCAGAACUGCGAAAUUCCACCGCAGCAGCAGCGUCUCAUCUACAAAGGUCGCAUCUUGAAGGACGAUCAAACGCUUCAGAGCUAUGGUCUGGAGGCAGAUCACACUGUCCACUUGGUCCGUGGUUUUGCAACUAAUGCCUCUGCCAAUAGUACUGGUGCAACUGAUGCUGGAAGUCCACAUUCUAAUCCCACUGUGACAGCAGAUGCUGGUUCCAAUGAAGGUGGAGCAUUUGGAGGGUCUGGUUUUGGAGCUUCAUUGUUUCCCGGGCUUGACUUGAAUGGAUUGGGAAGUGGGGGUGGAUUAUUUGGAGCCGGACUUCCAGAUAUGGAACAUGUGCAGGCACAGUUGACUCAAAACCCUAGCAUGAUGAGAGAUAUAUUGAAUAUGCCUCUUGCUCAGAAUAUAAUGAAUAAUCCUGAAAUCAUCCGCAACAUAAUCAUGAACAAUCCGCAGAUGCGUGAGAUCAUGGAUCGCAACCCGGAGCUUGCUCACGUACUUAGUGAUCCUGCAACUCUUCAUCAGACAAUGGAGGCUGCACGAAAUCCUGAACUCAUGCGUGAGAUGAUGCGAAAUACAGACAGGGCAAUGAGCAAUAUAGAAUCUUCUCCAGAGGGUUUUAACAUGCUCAGGCGCAUGUAUGAGAAUGUGCAAGAACCAUUCCUUAAUGCUACAACUUUGGAAGGUGGCACUAGAACUGAUUUGGGGUCAAACCCAUUUGCUGCUCUUUCGGGAGGUCAAGGUGGGGGGGUAGCCAGAGAACAGGUAACUAAUACUAGAACCACCGGUUCUGAAACUAUGACUGAUUCUCCUGCUCCAAAUACGAACCCGCUUCCCAAUCCUUGGGCACCUACUGGCACUGAAGGUGUGCAAAUGAACUCGACUGCACAGUCAAAUCCCAGCGGGGAUGUGAGGACUCCGCCUCUUGGUGUCUCUGGUGGACUUGGUUUCCCAGAUUUUUCACAAUUGCUAGGUUCUAUGCCAGAUCCCAAUUCCCUGAAUCAGUUGAUGCAAAAUCCCGCCAUAUCCCAGAUGAUGCAGAGUCUUUUAUCCAAUCCUCAGUACAUUAAUCAGAUUAUUGGUUUCAAUCCAGAGCUGCGGAACAUGCUCGAUUCCAAUCCUCAGUUUAGGGAUAUGAUGCAAAAUCCUGAAUUUAUUCGUCAAUUAUUUUCUCCUGGGAUGAUGCAGCAACUCCUGACUUUUCAGCAAGCUCUUUUAUCUCAACUUGGUCGCCAGCAGACAUCUCGAGAACCAGGUCAAAUUGAUGGUGGAACAGUGCCCCCUGAAGAACUAUACGCCACUCAACUAUCUCAGUUACAGGAAAUGGGUUUCUUUGAUACUCAAGAAAACAUCAGGGCACUAAUUGCCUCUGCUGGCAAUGUUCAUGCUGCGGUGGAACGACUGUUGGGAAAUCCUGGUCAAUAG